AUGAAAUCUGAAGCAGUCGAAGCUUUUGCAUCCAAGACAAUGAGGCCAGAAGCAUUGGAGGCUGCCAAGGCAUUGGUAGACCAGGAAAACAGACAGCCAGCGUCAACAGGCUCAUCUGGCACAGAGCAGCCUCAGGAUACCCCAAACAAUGUUCCGACUACGGUUACACACUCACCUUCGCCCUCACAAAACACCGUACGCAGCACACACGACACUAGCGACGAUGCUUCUCGGCCAAAGGGAAAGGAGAUAUGUGAUACAACAUCGGGAGAGGAAACCGACAAGCGCAAGGGGUAG